AUGGCGUCGAAUCGCAGGCUAGAAGCGAGGCAACGCGGGACGGCUUUGGGGUACUUCUCUAGUGCAGUAGAUCGAGGAUGGAGAUCGGCUGAGGCACGAUGGGCUUCGCUACUGGACGCGGGCGGUUUGUGGAGGAGGCGCGGUGAGGAGGCACGGAACAGGAGAGGCGUGGAUCGGUGCGCGACUCACUCGGUGGUGAAGAUUGGCGCAGCGGCGGUCAGCAGCUCGGGAAGCGGCGUCGCCGACAAAGCAGCGGCUAUCGGCCACUCGGAGGUGGCUGGUGGCCCGGACAGUGUGCGGUCGAAUGGGAGUGGAAGAACUUUCGAGGAGGAGCUUCCUCGGCUUGCGAAAGAAGUGCAGUGCAUCGUGAAUAUUCGCAGAUACGUCGCAAAGCAGCAACGCUCUCCUCACUCGAGCUUUAAUUCUGAAAACUCACACCAUCACCCCAUCCCUGAUCGAAGCCCUAAGGUAGGAGAUCGCCAUUCUCCACGAGGUGCCCAAUCUGAUUUAGUUAAUCAAAAGAAACUAGGAACUCGCAUUGCGGAUCUGGAAUCUCAGCUUGGCCAAGCUCAAGAAGAGCUGAAGAAUCUGAAAGAGCAAUUGGUCUCAGCUGAGGCUGCAAAGAAAGUAGCUCAAGAAAAGCUUGAAAAGAAAACCAAGACAAAGUUUGUACCAGACUCGGUUGAUGUCCCUGAAAAGCAUCAUGCAAAAGAAGUUCAAGAAUUGAACAACCCAAAGAGCAACCCUUUAAAUGAUGUUCCUGAUGAGAACCAGCAGGAGAAUGAUGUAUUUGAAGUACCAGUCAAGAAGGUUGCUUUGGAGACUCAAAUAGAGGUCAGCCAACUGAACAAUGAGAUAGAGAAGGAAACAAAAGCAAUUGACUUACCAGCAGAGCCACCUGUAUUUGUGGAGCCACCCCCGCACUUGCUUCAGUUGGCUGAGAAGGAGGAUGAGAUAAAUUUGCUUAAAGGUAAGUUACUAGAAAAGGAGAAGGAACUUGAAGUAGCUGGCCAGCAAACUGAAAACCUGAGAAAGCAACUAGACGGGGCAACAAUAACGAUAUCUUCUGCUCGGAGCAAAGAAGUAGAAAUGGCCUCAAAGCUGAGUCAGCUAGAAGAGGAACUUAAAGUGAGCAAAGAAAACAACAUCCAAUUGAAGGAGAAAUUAGAAGCUGUGGAAGGAGGUAAAGAAGAACUAGAAGCGGAGAUGAAGAAGCUGAGGGUACAGACCGAGCAGUGGAGGAAAGCAGCAGAUGCAGCAGCUGCUGUUCUUGCUGGUGGUGUUGAAAUGAAUGGGAGAAUUCCUGGAAGAUGCGGUUCCAUGGAUAAGCAUUUUGGAGGAGUUUUUGAGGUGCCUCAUGCAGGUUAUGCUGAUUUUGUGGGUUCACGAGGAAAUAUUGAUGAUCUAGAUGCUGGCUUUGGAGGCGGGAAGCGAAAGAACUCUGGGAUCAGAAUGUUCGGAGAUUUGUGGAAGAGGAAGGGCCAGAAGUGAUCCAUCAUCUCUGUGCACCAUUACCCUAUGUGGUUCCGGUGUCAUUAAUGGCUGAAAACGAGGAAAAUUGGGCACUUGUUAUUAGUCUUUUGGGUUUCGAAGUGCUAGUGCUUUUUGUUCUCUUUUGCUAGGAUGAGUGGCACACUAUAUGCAUGUAUAUGUCCAGUAGCAAAACUAAAUCUAAACCACUAUGGCAUUGCUCAAUUUGUUUGAGAGUUCUGAUAUCCGUCUUGAUCAUUUGUUUU